AUGAACAUUGAAUCAUCGCCAGCAUGAACAAUAGGAGAAAAAUCUCCACCUCCAAAAGUUGAUGACACUCCUGGACCUGGGGCAUACAAUAUUGAUGCAGCUAUUAAUAGACCUAAAUCAGCUCCGUGUAUAAAUAAAGCAGAAAGAUUCAAAGUAAUGAAGCCUGACUGCGAAAUUGGGCCAGGAGCUUAUGAGAUAAGGUCUCGAUCUGAGAGUCCAACAUACAAAUUUGGGAUAGAGAAAAAACAUAAAGAAAGGCGAAGCAGCGUUCCUGGUCCAGGGGCGUACAAUAUAGAAACGCCUUCAAAAAGAUUGAGCUCAGCUUAUAGCAUUAAUAAGGGAGAAAGGUUUAAGGACACCAUUAAAGAUAUUCCUGGUCCUGGAUCUUAUGAUCCAAAUCACCCUCAAAGCAAGGCUGGCUUUUGAAUGAGCAAGGGAGAAAGAUGCACAUUUAAAGUAUCAAACUCCCAAGCUGUUUACGAUGCAUCAGUCUCAGCAAGAGAACUCAGCAGCUCUCCAGGCCCAGGCCAAUAUGAUAAAGUCUUUUCAUACACCAAGCCAGUCUCAUUCAAGUUUGGAAACGAAGACCGUUUUGCAGAAAAGAGCAAUCAAGAAAUUCCAGGGCCUGGAUCAUAUGAGAUUAAAGUUCGACAUGAAAGUCCUACUUAUCAAUUUGGGAGCGACAAAAAGCACCAAACAUUUACAACUGAUUCUCCAGGACCUGGAGCCUAUGAAGUGAAGCUUAGAACAAGCAGUCCUUCAUUUAAGUUUAGUAACGAAAAAAAGUCUAAGGAAGAGAAGGCAAAUCCUCUUGGCCCUGGCGCUUAUGAAGCCAAAAGAAGCUACGAAGCACCAGUUUAUAGAUUUGGAAAUGAGGCUAAACAUAAAGACUUAAAGAGCGACAUUCCAGGACCUGGGACUUACAAUUUGGAGCAAAAUUUGGUAAAGUCAUCGUCAAGCCCUGCAUUAAGCAAAGCAGAUAGGUUUAGACCUGAAAAAGGGCUUGAAGUUGGCCCAGGAUCAUAUGACCCUCGUUAUCCAGAAAGCAAGUCCAGGGUUUUCUUUGGCAGCGAACAAAGAGGAAAGUCAGAUAAAAUUUCAUCAUCUGUAUCAUGCAGCAAUUUACCAAGGGAAGUUGAUGGACUUCCUGGUCCAGGCCAAUACUAUAAAGAUGACAACAUGAAUAAGACAGUAACAUAUUCGUUUGGUAGCGGAGAAAGAUUCAAAGAAAAUAGAUCUUCAACCCCUGGGCCUGGGACAUAUAGUCAUGAAAAGCCGAGAGAUGGAAGUCCCAAUUAUCACUUCGGAAACGAGCCAAAGCACAAAUUCAAAGCUCUUGACACUCCAGGUCCUGGCUCUUAUGAUAUGAAGCUUAAAACAGAAAGUCCAAACUUUAAGUUUGGGAUUGAAAAAAGAAGCAAAGAACUACCUGAGAGCCAUAUUGGCCCAGGAAUGUAUUAUUAUGAAUUAAACACCAGUACUCCUACCUAUAAAUUUGGAAAUGAAUCAAAACAUAAAGAAAUAAGAACAAACGCUCCAGGGCCUGGAAGCUAUGAUGUAAAAGCAGUCUUGCAGACUCCAACAGCCAAAUUUGGAAUGGAGCCAAGAGAUAAGCAGCCUGUCAGCCAGUCUCCAGGGCCAGGAGCAUAUGAUGCAAAAUUAAGGACAGAAAGCCCUUCCUUUAAAUUUGGAAGUGAGAAAAAAGGGAAAGCCAACAAAGAAACUCUUGAUCAAAUCGGGCCUGGAAGCUACGAUGUCAAGCUUAAAUCAGAUAACCCAACCUAUAAAUUCAGCAACGAGCCAAAGCAUAAAGAGCUAAAAUCUGGCAUCCCUGGGCCUGGAAGUUACGACGUGAAAGAGAAAAAAGAUAUCCCCAACGUCAAAUUCAGUAAUGAUCCAAGAGACAAAGUAAAACCUUCAGAUGUGCCAGGUCCUGGGUCUUAUGAUGUAAAACUGAGAAAUGAAAGCCCAAACUUUAAAUUUGGCAGCGAGAAGCGAGGGAGACAAAAGGAAAGUGACUCGCUAGGACCAGGAUCCUAUGAUUUAAAAAUCAGCUCACAAAACCCUACAUAUCGGUUUGGGCAAGAAAGUAAGCACAAGGAUAUCGUAUCUGACUCGCCUGGCCCAGGUGCUUACGGAAUAAAAGAAAGAAACUCAAGUCCUAUAAUAGUUUUUGGAAAGGAGUCGAAAGAUAAAAGGCAAAUUUCGGACUCUCCAGGGCCAGGAGCAUAUGAUGCCAAGCUUAAAAAAGAAAGCCCUACCUUUAAAUUUGGCCAGGAAAGCCGAGAUAAGCUGUUUAAAAAUGAUAAGCACGCAGUUAACAUUGGCUAUUAUGAUUUGCCUUCCACAUUCAGCAAAACUGGCCCUAUCUUAUUAGGAAGAAAAGCAGAAAAGCAUGACAACUCAGUGCCAGGCCCAGGCUCAUAUGAUGUGAAGCUAAAAAGCAGCACAAUCACAAAUUCUAUAUCAAAAUCCCCAAGGUUUAUUGUCAAAAAAGACGAUAACCCAGGACCAGGAGCUUAUGAUGCUAAAAAGCGAUCAUCAACUCCAAAUACAGUUUUUGGGAAAUCUUCAGAUUUAGGCAAAAAUCUUACAAAGUAUUAUACCCCUGUAAAAUUAAGCAAAUCAUCAGUCUCGUCAAGAGCUGAACAAACCCCUCAGUCUUCUCAAGUAAACAAGCAAACUGACUAUUCAACUCCUCAAAAGCCAAGAUCUUCAUCAGUUGGUGUGAAACAGAGACUUGCAUUUACUCCUAAUGAAAAAUCAGCUGGAGAAAUACCUGGCCCAGGGAUGUAUCUUGUGAAAUUAGCUAGUAACAGCCCUUGCUAUACAUUUGGAAGAGAGCAGAGGCACAAGAAUAUUGAAAGCGGUGUUCCAGGACCUGGACAGUAUGAACUUAAGAGCACAAUUCCUAAUGUAGCUUCAUACCCCCUAAGAUAA